AUUUAGUCUUGCAAACUUCAUCCACACAUAGAAAUUAUUAAUUCUCCAUAUAUUGGCAGAUAUGGCGUUGAAGUCAUUACACUUAUCCAAUGUUAAUAUUUCCUUUAAAAGACCAUUACUAUGCUUAUUUGUGUUUGUAGUUGUACUUGUUGUCAACUUCAAAAUGGGUUCUGCUGAUGAUCAGUUGUCCACAGAUUUCUACAACUCAACAUGUUCAAAAGCGCUCUCCACCAUCAAAGCCGUCGUAAUAAAGGCAGUCGUCAAGGAACACCGAAUGGGAGCCUCCUUGCUCCGCCUUCACUUCCAUGACUGCUUUGUUAAUGGCUGUGAUGCAUCUAUUCUAUUAGAUGACAGUUCAAGCAUCAAUGGAGAGAAGACAUCAGCACCAAAUGUAGACUCAGUGAGAGGUUUCGAUGUAAUUGACACUAUAAAGUCUAAACUCGAAACUCUUUGCCCUGGGGUCGUUUCUUGUGCAGAUAUACUAGCCGUUGCAGCUCGUGAUUCUGUUGUUCUAUUGGGGGGCCCUUCUUGGAAAGUUGAGUUAGGAAGAAGAGACUCGACUAAUGCAAGUUUCACUGCUGCAAAUACCCAACUCCCAUCUUCAAUAUUAGAUCUUGAUGAUCUCAUAACUACUUUCUCACUCAAGGGAUUCACAGAAAAAGAACUCGUUGCUCUUUCAGGAGCUCAUACAACAGGAGAAGCUAGGUGUGUUAUGUUCCGAAACAGAAUCUACAAUGAGACUAAUAUUGAUUCUUCAUUGGCAACAUCUUUGAAAACAAACUGCAGUUUAAGCACAGAUGAUGAUGACAAGCUUUCUUCACUUGACAACAAAAGCCAUGUUAUAUUCGAUAAUGGUUAUUACAAGAAUUUGGUAGAGAAGAAAGGGCUUUUACAUUCAGAUCAGCAACUCUUUAGUGGGGGCUCAACAGAUUCUCUUGUCACCACUUACAGUGAAGAUGCUGAUCAGUUUUAUAACGAUUUUGCCAAUGCUAUGAUCAAAAUGGGCCAACUUAGCCCCCUAACUGGGACCAAUGGUCAGAUUCGUACCAAUUGCAGGAAACCUAACUAAUUUAUUAAAAUACAUUAAUAAAGAAAUAAUAUAAUUAUUAUAAAGAAUAAUUUAUCAUUAUUAUUAUUCUUAUUAUAGAGCUGUUUGAGAGAUUUUAUAGUAGAGAUGUGGUCAAUUAAUGGUUGUGAUGUGAUGUCUUCGGUUUAACUAUUUAUUUUGUGCGUGUUUAAUUUGUUAUUGAAAACUUAACUUUAAUUACUAUGUAUGGUGUGAGAAUGUGUAGGCAUAAUAUCAUGUAUUAUUGUUCUUAAUUUCUAAAAUAAUUAAUUAAUGCAA